UAUUUUUUCAUCCCCAUUCGCGCCUUUCGGCCGCGCUUCGUAAUUUCAAAAAAGAAAAUUGAAAAACGAAUUCUAACCUCGCCAUCACGGUAUCACCCAAUCAACCAUCUCGAUCCUUCUGUCUCGCUCUCUCCAUCUUCACUACAAGCCUCGAAACUGCAAAUCGAAGGAGAUCGUGAAGCUGCGACAGGGACCUUCGAAGCACAGAUCCCGAUAUUACGAGUUCGUCAAGUCCACUCUCGCUGGCAUUUGCCAUUUAUCCUCUUCGUGCUGAUUUUUCUCUUCUGCAUAUUAGGGUUCCGUAAAGUAGGCAUUGACGGAAAAUAAGCUUCGAUUCGCGUAGUUGAAAGAUGGGUGUCGAGGACUACCAUGUGAUAGAGCUGGUCGGAGAAGGUUCGUUUGGGAAGGUAUACAAGGGAAGGCGGAAGUAUACAGGCCAGACUGUUGCAAUGAAAUUCAUCAUGAAGCAUGGCAAAAGCGAGAAAGACAUCCAUAACUUAAGGCAGGAAAUUGAGAUUCUAAGGAAAUUGAAGCAUGAAAAUAUAAUUGAAAUGCUUGACUCAUUCGAAAGCCCACAAGAAUUUUGUGUUGUUACAGAAUUUGCUCAGGGUGAACUCUUUGAGAUUCUUGAGGAUGAUAAGUGCCUUCCAGAAGAACAAGUUCAAGCAAUUGCCAAACAGUUGGUGAGGGCAUUAUAUUACUUGCACUCCAAUCGUAUUAUCCAUCGGGAUAUGAAGCCGCAGAAUAUCCUCAUUGGUGCUGGAUCCAUUGUUAAGCUUUGUGAUUUUGGGUUUGCACGAGCGAUGUCUACCAAUACUGUUGUCUUGCGGUCUAUAAAAGGAACUCCCUUGUAUAUGGCCCCAGAGCUGGUCCGUGAACAACCCUACAACCAUACUGCUGAUUUAUGGUCUCUAGGAGUUAUUUUGUAUGAACUAUUUGUUGGUCAGCCUCCAUUUUAUACAAAUUCAGUAUAUGCCCUAAUCCGACAUAUCAUCAAAGAUCCAGUAAAAUAUCCAGACAACAUGAGUCCAAAUUUCAAAAGUUUUCUAAAGGGGUUGCUCAAUAAGGUACCACAGAGUAGACUGACUUGGCCUGCACUUCUUGAGCAUCCGUUUGUCAAAGAAUCAUCAGAUGAGGUGGAAGCCAGGGAACUACGUGCUGCAACUGCUACAGCCAGGGGGUGUGAUGCAGCGUGGAGGGGAGAAGGAAGUAAUGCACAUGUAUCAACCACUACACAUGUGACGAUCAGUAAUGAGGGUAAAGGCCAUUCUUCUGCUGUUCAUGAUAAUGGCAGGGUUUGUGGUGUUCCCAACGAAUGCCAGUCAGAUAUUCCUAGCUCAGCUGUGGGCAAUUAUUUACCACAUGAAUCAUCAGGUUUGGUAGGUCCAACUGAUGCUGUUCAACCAGGUUGCCAAGUGUUGGAUAGGUUAGAAAAUAAUUCUCGUACAGUAAAAGGUGCAAAUAGUAUUGGCCAAGAUAAUGAAGCAUUAAGAAAUAUUUUACUGCCCAUAAAAACUUGGUCCCAGAGCUCGUCCAACUCUCACAGGGAUCAGGAAAUUCCUCGUGUAAACCAGUCACUAAGAAUUCUUUCAAACUUAGUUGCAGCUGGAGCACUUCAUUCUAAUGUGGUGGUUGAUGAUAUUGUAUCUGAACUCCUUGGAUUCACUGCUAUUGUAGUUGGCAUGAAAACUGCUGAUGGUAAUGACUUAGCGGCAAAGAGUCUAUCAAUUUUAAAGAAAUUAGUGGAUAUUAUUGGAGUUAAUGUCGGGAAAUCCUAUUAUAGGCAUUGGGUUUCCUUAAUGGAGCUUUACUCACAGGUUAUAAACAACAAGGACGAUUCGUUUGCAAGAAUUUUGUAUGAGUCAACUGCUUGCAUUGCAAUCAUGUUAUCUAGGGUUUCUCAGGGACUCAGAAAUUCUGUGUCAGCUGCAGUUCCUGAGACGGCUUCUGUUCCUUCACCAUUGGAUGACUCUUCAAAACAAAUUUUAGAUCACAUUAAGACAUCUGGUGUGGUGGAUUUGUUGUUCGUGUGCCUAAUGACUUCAGGUUCAAGUCUCAUGUCUGGUUCUUCACAAAUGCUGCGUUCUGCCUGUGAAGCAUGCAAGGCUAUGUGGGCUUUGGUAGAUGCAUUGGAAAUUCUAUCCUUGAAACAACAUGCCUAUUUGUUUCCUUUAGACUCUAUUAGGAGCCAUUCAUUGCAUCGACUUGACAUCAGAGAGCAUGACCAAGGUUCUUUUUUUGGGGUUGAUUUGGAAAAAGUUAUUGAUGCAGUGACAAGAGCUUUCCUUAAAUCAAAAGCUAUGCAGGUUGCUAUUUACUAUUCCCUUCACCAACGUCUGGAGUCAGCUGUUUCUUCUGCCAUUCAGCUUAUGCAGAGAUGCUGUCUUCAUAGUGGAUUGGUCUCUGUUGUGCUCUGUGGACUGCCAACUUCCUUACCUGUUUCUACUGUUGUCAGUGGUGGAGGGGAUGGUACAAUUGUUUCAGAGAUAUUCUCUAUACUAUCUCUAUGUGCUUCAUCAAACAAAGAGCCACCAGUAGGAGAAGCAAGUAACCAGAAAAGCAAAGUUUCUAGUCCACACACUGUGAUUUUUCAUUCAUGCCUGACCCUUGCCACGGUUGCACAGUCUCUGAGAUCAGCUGGAAGAAUAUCUCCAUCUUUUAUGCUUACAACUAAUCCAAAAAAACAGCUUGCUCGGAUUUCGAUCCUAGCCCAUUGUUCUGAUGAGAAGAUGCCAACAUCCUUUCAACCACAUUGUGCAUCAUCCAUGUUGGCUCUUUCAUGCAUUCUGUCCCUUGAAAAUGGAGGUUCCUUGGAGUCCUCAAUACCUGAAUCUGCAGUUCCUUUGAUUCCUCGGACUUCUACACUAUGUGACCACCUCAAGGUCCCAGCAUCUGACAAAACUGAGGUAGUCAACCAGAAUGGUGCCCUCUCAUACUGGCAUGGCCUUCGGGAUGGGUGUAUUGGCUUACUGGAAGCCAGACUAAAGUGGGGGGGACCAUUAGCUGUUCAACAGGUGUGUGCAAGUGGUACCCCACAGUUUCUUAUUGAUUUGUUAGCUGACAGCUUUCGAAAUGCUUCUCAUCAAGAAAUGAAUGGCACAAAAAAUAGAGUUGGACUUUCACCUGUAGGUGUUGUAUGGACAGUUUCUUCAAUAUUCCAUUGUCUAUCUGGUGGAGCUUUACCUUUUUGUCAGAUCUUGGUUAGGAGUGAACAUGUUAAAUUGAUUUCUGAUUUGAUAUCUGAUGUACAUCUCAAGAUCUUAAAAUGCUGGGGUGGACCGGGUGGUGGCAGGGAUGGGGUGAGAGAUCUAAUCAAUGUAGUGAUUGAUCUCUUAGCAUUUCCUUUUGUGGCAGUGCAGAAUGUUCCAGGCUUGCCCUCAGCUACUGCAUCUGUUAACAGUGGCUUCCUUCUCAAUAUGGGUUCACCUGGUGGAAAAGUAUGUGUUGAAGACAAGGACACAGUGAAAGCAAUUGAGGUGAACUUGCCCAAGUAUAUUCAAAUCAUACUGGAGGUUGGAGUUCCUGCUUUUAUUCUUAGGUGUCUGGAACAUGUGGAGUUGAAGGAUUCAGGAAGAAUUGUAGCUUUUCUUGCCAAAAUGGCUGGUUAUCGACCACUUGCAGUUCAGAUUGUGAGCAAAGGUAUGUUGGAUCCAAGCCGAGUGAGAAUGCUUCUUGAUGGUUCAAGUCCGAGGGAGGUUGUGCUGGACAUUCUGAUGAUAGUUUCUGACCUAGCUCGGAUGGAUAAGGUUUUCUAUGAUCACAUUAAUAGAGCAGAUUUGUUUGGUUUCUUGAAGACCUUCCUUAGCCAUGAAGACUCUAAUAUACGUGCAAAGGCUUGCAGUGCUGUUGGCAACAUGUGUAGACAUAGUCCUUAUUUUUAUGGUUCAUUGGCAAGGCAUAGCAUCAUCAGUCUUCUCAUUGAUCGAUGUGCUGAUCCGGACAAGCGUACACGAAAGUUUGCUUGCUUUGCUAUUGGCAAUGCUGCUUACCACAAUGAUUUGUUGUAUGAGGAGCUCAAACGGUGCAUUCCACAACUUACUAGUGUGCUGCUUUCAGCUGAGGAAGACAAGACUAAAGCUAAUGCUGCUGGUGCACUCAGUAAUCUUGUCCGCAAUUCUAACAAGCUUUGUGAAGAUAUUGUCUCUAAAGGGGCCGUGCAGGCUUUGCUGAAGCUAGUCGCUGACUGUUCAGUUGUGGCUCUGAGUCCCAGUAGAAGGGAUGCAGUAAAUGAAUCACCUCUUAAGAUUGCUCUCUUCUCCUUGGCAAAAAUGUGUGCACACGCCCCUUGCAGACAGUCCAUCCGUUCCUCAGAGCUGUUCCCUAUUAUUGGGCAACUUAGACAAUCCCCAGAAUCAACAAUUGCCAAUUACGCCUCUGUUAUAAUCAAUAAGGUUGCUGAAGCGUGAAGCCAUCAAUAUCUCAUGUUGGUUUUAUGGUGGUCCGAAAUUUGAUUAGAUGGGAAAUGGCAACUUGGUUGCAAUAUUGUGAUAUUCGUUAAAGUGCAGGCAUGACAGUCACUUGGGUUUUAGGCUUGCUGUUCACUCCUAGCAUGAUCAAAAGAUGAGCAAUACUAGCUGAUUCAGGUAUAUUACAGAGCAUGCAGAAUCACAGUUUUUUUGGGGCGGGGGCUGGGGGUGUUGCUUAUGGCCGUUGAAACAUACAAGGAUGCUGCAGAGGCAUUUCUUGAUGUUCUAUGAUUGAAUAGGAAUUGUUGUAUUUGUAGUGUUAUUUCCAUUCCAUCAGCUGCUCGUUUAUUAUCGAAUGUAUAGUAAAAUUUGUAUGUAUAAAUGUAUCAACUAAUCAGUGUACAAACUGAUGUACGACUGUCUAAGCUUCUACUUCCUUUAAUGAGCUCGAGGUGCUUAAUUUACUCUUGCAUCUAAUUUAAGCAGUCCAUGUUCUCUGAA